CCUCCUCACCCGGCGCACGCCACGCCCACACGCAGCCCGGCGCGUCCCGCCCCGGAUGCCCGCUUUAUGCUGACCGGAGCCCGCGGACAUGGCGAACCAGGUUAUCAAGUGCAAGGCUGCUGUUGCCUGGGAGGCUGGAAAGCCUCUCUCCAUAGAGGAGGUGGAGGUGGCGCCACCAAAGGCGCACGAAGUUCGAAUUAAGAUCAUCGCCACUGCGGUCUGCCACACCGAUGCCUACACACUAAGUGGAGCUGAUCCUGAGGGAUGUUUUCCAGUAAUCUUGGGACAUGAAGGUGCCGGAAUUGUGGAAAGUGUGGGUGAAGGCGUUACUAAGCUGAAGGCGGGUGAUACCGUCAUCCCACUUUACAUCCCGCAGUGUGGAGAGUGCAAAUUUUGCCUAAAUCCUAAAACGAACCUUUGCCAGAAGAUAAGAGUUACUCAAGGAAAAGGAUUAAUGCCAGAUGGUACCAGCAGAUUUACUUGCAAAGGAAAGACAAUUUUACAUUUCAUGGGAACCAGCACAUUUUCUGAGUACACCGUUGUGGCUGAUAUCUCUGUUGCUAAAAUAGAUCCUUUAGCACCUCUGGAUAAAGUCUGCCUUCUGGGAUGUGGCGUUUCAACUGGGUAUGGUGCUGCUGUCAACACGGCCAAGGUGGAGCCUGGAUCUACUUGUGCCGUCUUUGGCCUGGGAGGAGUUGGAUUGGCUGUUAUCAUGGGCUGUAAAGUGGCUGGUGCAUCCCGGAUCAUUGGUGUGGACAUAAAUAAAGAUAAAUAUGCACGAGCCAAAGAGUUUGGAGCCUCCGAAUGUAUCAACCCUCAGGACUUCAGUAAGCCCAUCCAGGAAGUGCUUAUGGAGAUGACCGAUGGAGGAGUGGACUAUUCCUUUGAGUGCAUCGGUAACGUGAAGGUCAUGAGAGCAGCACUUGAGGCAUGCCACAAAGGCUGGGGCAUCAGCGUGGUGGUCGGAGUAGCUGCUUCAGGUGAAGAGAUCUCCACUCGGCCAUUCCAGCUGGUGACAGGCCGCACGUGGAAAGGCACUGCCUUUGGAGGAUGGAAGAGUGUGGAAAGUGUCCCAAAGUUGGUGUCUGAAUAUAUGUCCAAAAAGAUAAAAGUUGAUGAAUUUGUGACCCACAAUCUCUCUUUUGAUAAAAUUAAUGAAGCUUUUGAACUGCUGCGUUCAGGGAAGAGCAUUCGAACUGUUUUAAAGAUGUAAAGUCAAAAGAAAAUAUGUCCAUCCUGUGCCUAAGUCUUGUCAUCUGAUGGGAGCAGCUGACAGGGGGAGGAAGCUUUCCAAGUUCCUAGCCACUUAGUUCAGUAACUGUUCUAGGGGUAGUGUUGUGCAUGUGAUUCAGAUAACCCUAAUCAAGGAUGAGCCUCAUGGCCAUAAAUCUGUUUGCUGGACUCGACCUCACAUAAUAACUGCUUCAUUAAGGAAUAUUUUCACAUAAUAAAGUGAUUUCUGCCUUUGUGUAGAGCUGUCCUCUCA